AUACAAACUCAAAUAGAAUUUUUUUUGAAUUUCCCAUUUACUACACGAAAGAACUUCCAUUUUACUAAUUUACUCUGCCAAACUCGACAUCUUGUGUUUACUCAAUUCUAUUCUGUGAUCCCCAAACCCGAAUCAAAUCAUCACCGUCAAAUUUCCAGAUCUCAACCUGUCGCCACAGCUGAUCCGUGCUGAUCGUUAAACCACUGGAUCCGACAUGCCGGUGGCUGCUUCGGCUAUAUACUUUUUGAAUCUCCGUGGCGAUGUUCUUAUCAAUCGCCUCUAUCGCGACGACGUCGGGGGAAAUAUGGUGGACGCGUUUCGAACGCAUAUUAUGCAAACGAAAGAGCUCGGUACGUGUCCGGUACGGCAGAUCGGAGGUUGCUCGUUCUUUUAUAUGAGAAUUAGCAAUGUUUAUAUUGUAAUUGUUGUUAGCAGCAAUGCAAAUGUGGCUUGUGCGUUCAAGUUUGUCGUUGAGGCGGUUGCCUUGUUUAAGUCUUAUUUUGGUGGGGCUUUUGAUGAAGAUGCCAUCCGGAAUAAUUUCGUUCUCAUUUAUGAGCUAUUGGAUGAAAUCAUGGAUUUUGGCUACCCACAAAAUCUUUCUCCUGAGAUAUUAAAGCUUUAUAUCACUCAAGAAGGAGUGCGCUCACCAUUCUCAUCCAAGCCUACAGAUAAACCUGUCCCAAAUGCAACUUUACAAGUCACUGGUGCAGUUGGUUGGCGCAGAGAGGGCCUUGUUUAUAAGAAAAAUGAGGUCUUUCUUGAUAUUGUGGAAAGUGUCAAUCUUCUUAUGUCAUCAAAAGGUAGUGUUCUACGCUGUGAUGUAACGGGAAAGAUUCUUAUGAAAUGCUUCCUCUCUGGAAUGCCUGAUUUGAAGUUGGGUUUAAACGAUAAAAUCGGCCUUGAGAAAGAGUCACAGCUGAAAUCCCGUCCUACUAAAAGUGGCAAAACAAUUGAGCUUGAUGAUGUUACUUUCCAUCAAUGUGUGAACUUGACGAGGUUUAACUCGGAGAAGACUGUGAGUUUUGUGCCACCUGAUGGUGAAUUUGAAUUGAUGAAGUAUCGUAUAACCGAGGGUGUUAAUCUUCCAUUCCGCGUCCUGCCAACAAUUAAGGAGCUUGGUCGAACUCGCAUGGAAGUAAAUGUUAAGGUAAAGAGUGUUUUUGGUGCAAAAAUGUUUGCACUUGGAGUCGUUAUCAAAAUUCCUGUGCCAAAGCAGACAGCAAAGACAAGUUUCCAAGUGACAUCAGGUCGAGCAAAGUACAAUCCUGCAAUUGAUUGCUUGGUUUGGAAGAUAAGAAAAUUUCCUGGGCAAACUGAGCCAACCAUGAGUGCAGAGAUUGAGUUGAUUUCCACGAUGGCAGAAAAGAAGUCUUGGACAAGGCCACCAAUUCAGAUGGAAUUUCAGGUUCCCAUGUUCACAGCAUCUGGUUUACGUGUUCGUUUCCUAAAGGUAUGGGAGAAGAGUGGCUACAAUACUGUUGAAUGGGUCCGUUAUAUUACCAAAGCUGGUUCGUAUGAGAUUAGGUGCUAGAAACAUGAGAUUGCUGCAGUGAGAUUUCUACUUUGACUUAAGCAGAGAUGGGAAUGUUUGCUAGUUGAGCGGAGUUGAAAGGGAAUUAUAUCAUAGAUUGCCUAGUGACAAGGUGAAUAUGCCUAAGAGCUUCCCUCUCAAAUGAUGCAGCUCGGUUUCUGCUUUCUUGUAUUCUUGGGGCAUAUUUAAUUGCUCAUAGUGGAGUUCUGUCAAUAUGAUUAUUGUGAUUGAUUAUCUUGGUUUGAUCUGAUGUUUGCGGUGUAAAGGCAAGGCUAGCGUCGUAGAAAUGGAAAACUGAGCAAUUUUUGUGAUAAUUCAUCAUACGUUGUUUAUUGCGUUUUCCUACAGCUAUGUUCAAUUUUAAUGAUAGAUUUAGUGGAUGAAAAUGACUGCGAUUGUUUCGAGUGUGGAAUCUAUUACAUAUAUUAAAGUUGUUUUUAUUUCUGCAA